AUUACAGCCACACUAUAUUGUCAGUCCCGGUGUUGCAUAUGUAUUUUUUGUUGGCUGAGUUUGCAAGGCAACAUUUUAAAGUAGUAUUUAGUGAUAUAAACGAUCUGAUCUGUAGGAAAAGUCCGUGCAGAGUGCUACAACUGUGAUUGCCAAGCCGGAGCUAAAUAAUUUUCCGGUCGUUGUGCGUUAAUGUUCGAGGAAUCCGACUCGAUCGGAUGACGAGUGAAGAAGAAUCGAGCGCGAAGCACAUUUUUGCGGGGACGAAACUAUUGCGAAUUAUAAGCCUUUAAAGCAGCAGAGAAAUGUUCACCACGCGAAAGGAGGUGGACGAGCAUGUCCACAAACUAUUGGGAAAACUUCCGCCGGGAAAUGAGCGUGAUAUAAAAGGUCUGGCAGUGGCCCGCAUGUACAAUAAGAUCCAGGAGUACCCAAAGGCCAUCGAGUAUCUGAACUGCUAUCUGAGGGUCAAGGACGAGGCUGUGGCCCACAAGCUGAUUGCAUACUGCUACACCAAACUGAAGACUCCCGACAUGCAGAAGGCGCUGCAGCACUUACAGCGUUGCAUCCAGCUCAGUCCGAGGCAGCACGAUGUGAUUAAGGAUGCCUGCCAACUUCUGGUCGACGAGAAGGGCGUCUUAAACACGGAUCAGGCCAAGUAUUGGCUAGAUCUGGCCGCUGGCGAAGAUUUAAGCGACAACGAACUGGUCUUCGCCUUGCGAAUGCGGGUUAAUCUCAAGGAAAGCAACGGCGCGGGAGAUGGUGUUGUAGAUGGCGACGACAACACCCUGGAGUUGCUCAUGCACAAGGAGCUACAGGCACGUCCCCAGGAUUUCCAUGUACGAGUGCGACUACUGCGGAGCUAUGUAGAGAAGAAGAAACUGGAUCAGGCCUUUAACUACGCUUUCAAAGCGGAAUUCGAGGCCAAAGGAUGUACGAGUCAGUCGAGCGAAUGGUACGAGAUGGUCUGGGUGAUGCUCACGAAAAUCGAGCUUACCAAGGAUGUGAAGAAGAAUUGGCGCUUCUGGCACCUGGCGCUCCACGCCCUCGAUCGCCUCAUGCAGCUCACACUGGAGGCGGCAAAUGGACUGGCGGAGAGCAGCAGCCAACUGUUUCGACUCGAUCAGUACCUGCACAAGUUCAGCAACGUGAUAGAGCGAGCGGGCGAUGCCCCGCAGCGGGAACUGCACCAGUCCUGUGCCGAGCACUAUACCGGUCAACUGCUACUGCACGCGGUGGCGCUGAUCUUCAAACGGGAGCUGCUGGGGAACAAGAACAAGUGGAUGAACACGCUGCGUUCAGUGCUGCCGCUCCUGCUGCUUGGCUACCAGGUGCGACCGCUACAGGAGACGCAUGCCCACCACUGGAUGAAGCACUGCGACGCGGAGCAAAAGCAGCUGAUGCAACUGUGGCGCCAGCAGGGAGCCUUCCGUUGCGCUCAGCUUGGUCGCACCCUACUGGGAUGUCUGGAACGCUCACGGACGGACAAUGAGAACCAGAAGGAGAACAAUAACCUCAUUGAGAACCAAGCCCCCACCCAAACCUUGUCCGGAUUGUUUGGCGACUCUGAGGAGCUGCUGUCCUGCGCUCACCAACAGUGUCUGGAUAAAAGUUGGCGCCGUCAGCUCUACCAGCUGAUCUUUACCCACGCCGAACACAAGCUCAAGGAUCAGUCCUCGCAUCUGGUGCGUUAUCCACGACUGCAGCUGCCCCUUUUCGAGUGGCCCAAUCUAGCUGAGAUCGAGACCUGCGAACAGCAGGCGUUGUUGCUGCCGCCGCAGUCGUUGGCCCAACACGUCUACCUAGCGCUGGGUAACGAACCCGACAACCUAGGAGAAGCUCCACGCGUCCUAUUUUACGAGGGCUUCCGGCAGGACGUGAAGCAGAACCUUAACUACUGUGGUCACGACUCGGUCAGCCAGUUGGAUGUGGACAUAUACCUUUAUGCAACCGUUAUCCAGACCCAGCGGAGAUUGCAGCUUCAGCGAGAAACGUACGAUAGCUCCAACUUGGGCAAUCGCAAUGCUGCCACUCGGCCGCACAUGAUGCCAUAUGCCAAUCUUCUGGGACAACUAGCCGCAUCAGAUCAAAGCAAUUGGUGGGAUUUGGUGUUGCGUCUGCACAGAAACCAGCUGACCACUGAGGGCAAUCGUGCCGAGCAACGAGCCCAACUGCAAGUAGGAUUGGAGGCGGUUCGCGGGGUAAAUGGACCCAAGGCAGAUGCUAUUAUUAUCUUCCAGCUCGGAAAAAUCCUACAGUCUCGCGGGGACCGUGCUUCACUGGAGGCACGCAUUGAUACCCUUUACCGGCAGGGAUUUACAAUGCUGCGUCGUCAGCAGACACAGCAACUGGAUCCCUUUGUGCGCGUUUUUAAGUACGGAUCCGCCGCCUCAACGGCAGCUUGGCAAGAGCUUCAAUCACUGGCCGAGGAAGCCGUUACCUAUUUUAGCGCGAAAAUGUUCAAGGCGGGCCAGUACGAGCAGUUUGUGGACGAGGUGCGGGGUAUUAACCUGCCCAUGGCCUCCUAUAUGCAAGCGGAGGCGUACCGUCUGCUUGAGGAUUCCGGAAAGACGGCUCGCGUUUCCCGGGCGCGUUUCUUGGAACGUCGGCAGGAGUGCCUGCAGCAAACGCAGCAGCUGCUUCGAAACGAUGUUAAACACCCACUCAGCACGGUUAUCCAACGGGAGCUGCGACGUUGCCAGCAGAAUCGCAGUAACCAAGCCAUAGAUGAUAGCUUCGGAAGCCCGGAUGUGCACAACAAUUCCUCCACCUAUGAGGAUGCCGAAGAUGACUUCUAUUCUGGAGCUGCCCUAUCUGCCAAUCGAUCGCGUCGCCAGCUUGAACCCGCUCCUGUGACUCCCAUUGUUGUAGCACAACCAAGUCAGGAGAUGGAGCAGGCUGUCAAACAGAUCAGCAAGUCGCUGUGUGUGCUUAAGGACGACGUAAGCGUGGGAAUGGAAGCCAUGCGCCAGGAAAUCAAAACCCUUACAGAGAAGUUCACUGGUCUGGAGGAUCUGCUCAAGAAGAUAAAGAUUAGCAAUCGAGACACGCCAACGCGGGACGUGGAUCCUGCAUCCGCUUUGGGAUUGGAUGAUCUGUUCAUUAUUGAGGAUGCAUUGGCUGAGCACCAGCAGCAGCAACAACAACAGCAGCAGCACCACAACCAAGCUGCAGUGCAUCAGUUCGUUCCUAGUCCGUAUGGGGGACCCACUCCUGGUUUCUACAACGGCGUACCGAACACGCCGUCCGCUCAGGAUCGCUUUCUGCCGGGACCCUAUGGAAACCCCAUGUUUAAUCAGAACCAGAUGUACAGCUAUUACGCCGCUCAGGCUCAAGCCCAAGCCCAGUUCAUGCGUACACCACCAGCUCCAGGUUCGAUUCCACCACCCAAUAUGUUUGGUCCCCGGAAUCCAAACUUUGGACUGCCCAGCAUUUUUCCAACGCCGACAGGGCCUUUAGUAGCGCCCUACAUUGACGCCAUGGGAAACUUUACCCAGCCGCCCCCAAGUCUUGUACCACCCCCAAGUCUGGUAGCGCCCCCCGCUCAGCCAGGGCCAGCCCCGGCUCCUCAAAAUCUUUUGGAGCCGAAACCUGCGGCUCCAUUGACAACUCCCAGUUUUUUCAAUUCUUCAGCGCCUGGUUUUGGGGCUUCACCCAUUCAGGUGCCGCAGUCUAAGCCUUUGAGUGCUCCAUCCGCGCCAGUUCCUGCUGUUCCUCCUGCCCCACUGGUCGCAUCUGUGAGUCCUGCAGUGCCAGUUCCUGUUACCGCUCCUAUUCAGUUACCCCAAGUGCCCGCCCCCGCUGCUGUAAGUGUUCCGGCAAUGUUCAACCGGGCCUUGAACAACCAGCCCGUGGAAAAGGAGCCGCCAGCCAAUGUUGUCAUCACCAGCUCUGAUCCAUUGCCAAAGCCAACGAGUGCCAGUGUCCAGCCUACCCUGAGUGUGACCAUUCCACCACAACAUAUAAAGGCCAGUUUAGUGCAGGCCCCGGAACAACCAGCACAGCCAUCGGUUCCCGCCACAGGAGCUUUCGUCUUCAACUUUGGCACAAAAUCUUCCGAAAGUCCAUUCUCUUUUAAGUCCCAGGUGGCUAAGGCAGCAGCCGAAAAACAGAUGGAACAGGAACGAGAGGCAGCGGAGCUGAACCAAAGUGGAGCUAGUGAUCCCAACAAGAGUCAGCAAGCAGACAACUCCUCAGCGGAAGACUACGAUGCUCGACCAGACUUCCAAGCCAUCAUCCCGCUGCCCGACGAAGUGGAGGUUCGCACCGGCGAGGAGGACGAGGAGGUCAAGUUUAGCAACCGUUCCAAGCUCUUCCGCUUCGUGGACAAGGAGUGGAAGGAGCGGGGCACUGGUCUGAUAAAGAUUCUGUGCGAUAAUACAACAGGUGUGUCGCGCGUUUUAAUGCGUCGCGAUCAAACCCACAAGGUGUGUGCCAAUCACAAGAUCAAUGCAGACAUGAGCUUGGCUACAGCCAGCCAGGACAAGGAGAAGAAAUCGUUCCUGUGGGCUGCAAAUGACUUUGCGGAUGAACAUGUCACGCUGGAGAAAUUCCUUGUGCGUUUUAAGACGGCUGAGGUGGCGGAAGAGUUCAGGUUGGCGUUUACUAAUGCGAGCCAGGCGGCGGCCAAGUCAGAUAAGGUUAAGCCGGCAGAGAAACCAGCGGAGCUUCCGAAGACCACCAAGGAAGCAGCUGAAUCUGCUCCUGCCGCAUUCGGUCUUCCAAAGAGCUUUGUGACCAGCACGCCGGCUCCCAUUUCACUCUUAGGCAAGCCGCAGGAGCAAACCAAACCCUCUCAAUCCGAUCCGGUACCAGCAGCUCCAGCAGCGGUGGCCAAAUCACUGUUUGGAACCAUCUCAGCGACCAGUAUUGCACCUACAUCAUCAGCGCCUUCAGCUCCUGCGCCAUUUGCCAACUUUAGUUUUACGGGAAAUGGAGCCGUUUCAGGAUUCGGUGGUGGUUCCACAGCCUCUCCGUUUGGAAAUCUCUCCUUCAGCGGCGUGUCCGCACUUGGCUCCAACAACAGCGACAGCACACUCUUUACAACAGCUAUGGUCAAGGACGAUACAUUGCAAAGUCAGACGCUGCAGCAACCACAACUAAACAAAUCCGCCACCUCGGACGCUGAGGAAGAUUACGUGCCCACUGCCCAGUUUGCGCCGGUUAUUGCCCUGCCCGAACUGGUGGAAGUUGUCACGGGGGAGGAGAACGAGGAUGUGCUCUUCGAGCACCGGGCAAAGCUUCUGCGUUGGGACAGGGAGGCCAAUGAGUGGAAAGAACGCGGACUUGGAAAUAUGAAGCUCCUGCGCGAUCGCUCCAAUCCCAGCCAGGUGCGUUUACUGAUGCGCCGCGAGCAGGUUCAUAAACUGUGCUGCAAUCAGCGCCUGAUGCCCGAGACAAAGUUCACUGCAGCAUUGAACAUCAAGGCCGCCGUAACAUGGGCUGGUCAGGAUUACUCUGAUGAGGAGUUGACCACUGCGUUGCUUGCAGUGCGCUUCAAGUCGACCGAUGUCUGCCAGGAGUUCCUCGAUGCCGUGCAGAAAGCUCAACAGAGCAUUGAAAAAGAACCAAAAAAACAGGAAAACGCUACUUCUGCUACCGAAGAAAAGGAUAAAGAGAAACCAACAAAGGGCUUUGGGGAUGCCUUUAAGCCCAAGGCAGGCAGUUGGAAUUGCCAGUCCUGCUAUACCACCAAUGGUCAAGAUCAGCUGUACUGCCUGGCCUGCCAGGAGCCCAAAGAUGCCACUGUGCCGCCCAAGCAAUCGGGCUUGGAUCAAGGCAAUGCUUUGAAUCUUACAACUAAUUCUGCUACCAAGUUCUCUUUCGGAUUUGCACCCGCAACUCUUCCUUCCACCGGCGGAUUUAGCUUCGGAGGAGUCACACAGUCCAAGGAGGAGGUCAAGGAAAAGCCAGUGGUGGCAGCUGUUACUGCCUCGGCCUCAGCUCCUCAGAUUCAAGUUAAAGCUGGUUUUGGGGACGCCUUUAAGCCCAAGGUCGGCAGCUGGUCAUGCUCCGCUUGCUACGUAAACAAUACCGGGGAGUCCCUUUACUGCAGCGCAUGCGAAACGCCUAAGGAUGAUACUGUACCGAAGAAGGAGAAUACCCUGGGGUCAGGACUUGCCCUACCCGCCACCACGCAAUUUAGUUUUGGUUUUGGAACUGCUGCGGCGGGUAACAAGGAUAAGGAACCCGACGUGCCCAGCAAGAGCAGCAGUGUGUUUGGAUCCUCAAGCUUUAAAUUUGCGGCUCCACCCGUAGCGGCACCUGUAGAACCUCCUGGCCUAAUCGGCUCUGGCAGCUUUACAUUCUCCAUGCCCAAGCCCACCCAAAUGCAGGCAAAGAUUCCUGCGGCCAAUGAGGGCGAAGAUAACGAUUCUCACGAGGAGGAGGAAGAGAACAACACUUAUUUUGCACCAGUGAUCCCCUUACCCGAUAAGAUUGAUGUAAAAACUGGUGAGGAGGAUGAGGAGCUGCUGUUCGUGCACAAGGCCAAGCUGUAUCGUCUCACCGAGGGCGAGUGGAAGGAGCGCGGCUUGGGCGAUGUGAAGAUCCUGCGCCACAGACAAACUCAGAAGCUGCGCGUUGUAAUGCGGCGGGAGCAGGUGUUCAAGAUCUGUCUCAACCAUGUGCUGAACUCUAAUGUGGUCUACAAGCCAAAGACCGAGACCUCGUGGAUGUUUGCUGUCCAUGAUUUUAGCGAGGGUGAAAGUGUCCUGGAGCGGUUUGCAUUGCGCUUCAAAAACCAGGAGGUGGCCCAAGGCUUCCACAACGCGGUUAAAAGCGCCCUCGAUGGCACCGCUAGGGCGUUAGAAGAAGGCCCGGAUUCAACAGUGUCAUCCGCUUUUACAACCCUGUCCUCCAGUGAUAAUUCGAAAGAAAAUAUGCUUCAGGACCAUAUAGGCGAAGAAAACUGUAGGGGCUGCGAUCCGGAAAAGUUCGAAUUCGGCAAUGCCUCGUCUGUAAGCUUCUCUGUCAGCGAUGUAAACCCACCCCUCCCUAUGACCCUGCCUAUCCUGACUCUCCCUCAGCCAUCUGUUAUCCCUCCCACCUCUGCCACUUCAAUAUUCAAAGCCAGUUCGUUGGGUACAACGAACUCUUCGUUCUCCAGCUUCAGUAAUUUGUCCGCGUCGGAGGUAACCAAACCGCCCAGUUCGACAUUCUUAUUUGGCAGCACGGAUAAAUCACAGUCAGGAGGAACUGCCGCACCCUUUACCAAUCUGCAAAAAUCUAUCUCCAGCGGAGGUCAAGGCAACGUACUGGAAUCUAUUUUUGGGAGCGGCGCAUCGAAGAGUGAUGAUUCAGCGAAAUCCAUUUUCGGAGGUGGGGAACAGAAGAAUGAAUCCUCUAAGUCUAUUUUCGGAGGCGCUAAAGUGGAUUCCCCAGCACCAGCCAACCAAGAGGCCCCCAAAUCCAUAUUUGGAGUCGGUGCUAACGUUUUCGGAGGCCCUAAUCCUUUUGGAGUCCCAAAAAUUGAGUGGCAGCCAUUAGACAGUAAAGAAGCGCCAAAGUCUAUCUUCGGUGGUACCCCAAGCAUUUUCGGAAGCAGCAAUGCUUUUGGAAGUCCCAAAGUGGAGACCCAAGCACCAGCAAGCCAGGAAGGAGAAAAAUCCAUCUUUGGUGGUAGCUCCACUGUUUUCGGAGGAACACCCGCCGGAAGCUUUGUGUUUGGCAGUGGUACCGGCAGUGCGUCCAUCUUUGGACAAAAAGGUGCCACCCCAGAACAGGGGACAGAAGAGACAAAAGAUAAGAACGACGCGGUGUCUGUAACACAGCCGGUAACCACCACAUUUGCCGACUUGGGAAACAAAGCGGGCAACACAUUUGCCGACUUGGGAAACAAAGCGGGAAACACAUUUGCCGAUUUGGUUAGUAAACCGGGCGGCACAUUUGCUGAUAUAGCGAACAAGGCAAAAAACGACUUUGGCAACCUUUUGGCCAAUGACAAGUCCAGCGGCGGCUUCUACAACCUGACGCACCAGAACGCCUUCAAAAAUUUCGGGUCUUCGCCGCAGACAGGCAAAAACGAUUCCGCCACGGCUGCAGAUGGCGAUGAGGAUGGAGACGGCGCCACCGAUGACAACUACGACCCGCACUACGAUCCUAUUGUGGAGCUGCCGGAUGAGAUCGUAGUCACCACGGGAGAGGAGAACGAGACUAAACUGUAUGGCGAGCGGGCGAAGCUCUAUCGUUAUGACCCCGACUCCAAACAGUGGAAAGAACGGGGCGUGGGAGAGAUAAAGGUGUUGGAGCACCAGGAGCUGCAGACAUUCCGAUUGGUCAUGCGGCAAGAGCAGAUCCACAAGUUAGUGCUUAACAUGAAGAUCUCCGGCUCCCUGCAGAUGGAUUACAUGAACGAGCAGAAGAAGAGCUUCCUGUGGGCCGGCUACAACUAUGCCGUGGACGCGGAGGGAAAGGUGGCCAAUGAGGGCGUUCUGGAACGCCUGGCCUGUCGAUUCAGCAAGGAGGAAACGGCCGACGAGUUUUUCAAAAAAGUCAACUCCUGCAUAGAACGUGCUAAGGCCUUGGACAGCGAUCAGGAGGAUGCGGCGGAGGAGCAGGACAGCUCGUAAGGAAACUGGAACUAAAUAUAUGUAGCAUGUUUACGAUUGAGUUUAUAAGAUAGUAUGUCAAGAAAAAGUAUCGGAAAUUGUUGAAAAUUUUCAUCUAAUAAUAAAAACUUUGAUAAUCUUUAUAAGUGCA